UCCAACACACAUCUGUUGCAUAUCAAACUAGCCAGUGCAGGCCAUAGUAAAAUUCUCAGUUGACUACUACUCAUAUCCUAAAACAUUUCCUACAGAUAGAAUGUAUGCUUCAUAUUUCAAAAUGUGGCUUCUCCUUAUCAGCCCACUAAGGUUGAUAGGCAGAAGUAACUGUGCCUUUCCAUCAACAGAAGAAACCUUGGAACUUGCCUUCAAAGACUAUGAUUUUUUGUUGAAAUCAAGAAAAUUGUCCACAGAACUUUCAUAUGGUGAUGAAGAGUACUUUUCCUGGUUGGAAACUGGUCAAAAGAUAAGCGGAAAGCACUCUCAAGAUGAAGAAAAUAUAGACAAAUCACUCAAAGAGAAGAAAUUGAAACCAAAAAGUGCAUCCAUCAAAGCUCAAAUUUGGAAUUUUUAUUAA